UUGCUUCAGUAUUACUGCAACGCGAAUGAAAGCAAAAAAGUAAUAAAUUUGUCACCGCACCAUUGCUAAAUGCAUAUCCAAAUGGGGCCUUAAACCACAUUUCUUGUAUAUAAACCACAAGCCUGAAGGUAAGGAUAAUUUAAUAGAGAUAUGGAAGUCCAAAUUAUGAGCAGAGAAACCAUCAAACCUUCUUCCCCAACUCCACACCACUUAAGAACCUAUAAGCUUUGUCUUUUUGAUCAGUUAGCUUCUCCUUUUUACAUCCCCAUUAUUCUCUUCUACUCUGCUACAGAUCAUGAAAAUCCUGGAAUCAAAUCUGAUCACCUCAAAAACUCCCUGUCCAAAGCCUUGACCCUCUUUUACCCAUUUGCUGGUAGGGUCAAAGAUGACUUAACCAUUGAUUGUAAUGAUGAUGGUGCCACUUUUAUUGAAGCUCAGCUGGGUUGUGACCUCUCGUUUGUGCUUGAAGAUCCAAAGAUUGAAGUUCUGCAACAGCUAUUACCUUGUAAUCCACGUCAAAAUUUACUUCAUCAAACUCAAUCAAGCACUGAUCAGGUAAUGCUUGCUGUUCAACUCAACUAUUUUGCUUGUGAUGGCAUCUCGAUUGGUAUUUGUAUCAGUCAUGUUAUAGCUGAUGCAUCAGCUGCAACCAACUUUCUAAAAGCCUGGGCUGCAGUUGGUUGCGGAUCUGAUAUCAACAACAUUAUUGAGGGUGUGAUUUCUGAUUGUAGCACUAUCUUCCCUCCACAAGAUUUAUCAAACUUUUACAGGGUUUUGAGCCCUAUAGAUGAAAAAAUUCAUAUGGAAUUACCUGAAGAUAAACUUGUUACAAAGAGGUUUGUAUUUGAUGGCUCUAAGAUUGCUGCUCUAAGAAAUGAAAUGGUAGAUGAACUGAACAUGUAUCGACCAACCCGAGUUGAGGCAGUGAGUGCGCUUAUUUGGGAAGCCCUGAUAGCUGCAACUACUGAAAUUGAUGGAACUUCUCCGAUACUUGUGGUAGCUAUACCUGUGAGUUUGAGAAACAGAAUAAAUCCCCCACUCCCACAACGAUAUAUCGGUAAUGUUAGUUUCUCUGCUAUGGUAAGUUCAUUGGAUGAGGAGAUCAAAAACCGUAGCAGUCUGGCAAAGAAAAUUCGUGAGACUAUAAAAGAGAUAGAUCAUGACUGUAUAAGAAAGACCUACAUGGGUACUGGUGAAUGGCUUGAUAAUUUAAUGGAGAAAGUAUGUGAAGAAUUUGAAAAGAAUCCAAAAUUUGGGGUUUUCUAUUUCACUAGUUGGUGCAGAUUUCCAUUUUAUGAAACUGAUUUUGGCUUUGGAAAACCCAUAUGGUUUGAAGGUGGUUUGAGGGUUAACAGGAAUGCGAUGUUUCUGGAUACAUGUGAUGGUGAAGGAAUAGAAGCAUGGAUAACAUUGAGCAAAGAAGAAAUGACUAAACUUGAACAACAAUCUGGAAUCAUUACUUAUUCUAGUUUCAAGUCAAGCUUCUGCACUUCUCAUGUUUACAGGGAAUAAAAGAUUACUAGAACCAUGGUGUCAAUUGAGACUAAACUAAGGUGGCCCAUUCUUUGGGACUCAUUUAGUAAGAUUUAGACAGCAAUAAUGUUUCUAUAUGGAAGUGAUUUUUUUUUUCUCCUAAAAAGCUGUUUGAGGAUGAAAAAAAAUUGAAAAUGUUAAGAUUUGAAUUUUAAUCACGUUAAAUGUUAUUUUUUAAAUAUUGCUGCAUGAACCAUCUAG